AUUUCAGCAAGGCUCUGUUCAGUUGUUCUUAUCUACAUCCUAGAAUCAGGGGGUUUCAGCUCACUGCUCCUUUUCUUUCUUUUUUUUUAUUUCUCUCCCCGCCCCCCAAAUAAUUGAUUUACUUUACAAUCAUCCACACCGUGUAUUGUGGAUCUUUAAAUAUAUAUAACAAGCGUAGUCAUUUAAAAAAUAUAUUCUGAAACCUUUCCAAAUUUUAAGAGAAGAGUCGAAGCUCUGCAAGACCCAAUAUUUGCCAAUAAGAAUGGUUAUGCCUUCUGGAAUUCUACAGUUGACCUGAAGCCAAGAAGAAAGGUCUGGUGAUGUAAGAAGUGGAGCCACUUAAGUUACUUGCAUGAUGAUAAUUAGCACCAUGGAACCUCAGGUGUCAAAUGGCCCGACAUCCAAUACAAGCAAUGGACCCUCCAGCAACAACAGAAACUGUCCUUCUCCCAUGCAGACAGGGGCAGCCACAGAUGACAGCAAAACCAACCUCAUCGUCAACUAUUUACCCCAAAAUAUGACCCAAGAGGAAUUCAGGAGUCUCUUUGGUAGCAUUGGUGAAAUAGAAUCCUGCAAACUUGUGAGAGACAAAAUUACAGGACAGAGUUUAGGGUAUGGAUUUGUUAACUAUAUUGAUCCAAAGGAUGCAGAGAAAGCCAUCAACACUUUAAAUGGACUCAGACUCCAGACCAAAACCAUAAAGGUCUCCUAUGCCCGUCCAAGCUCAGCCUCAAUCAGGGAUGCUAACCUCUACGUUAGCGGCCUUCCCAAAACCAUGACCCAGAAGGAACUCGAGCAGCUUUUCUCACAAUAUGGUCGGAUCAUCACCUCACGAAUCCUGGUUGAUCAAGUCACAGGAGUAUCUAGAGGGGUGGGAUUCAUCCGCUUUGAUAAGAGGAUCGAGGCAGAAGAAGCCAUCAAAGGACUGAAUGGCCAGAAGCCCAGCGGUGCUACAGAACCGAUUACUGUGAAGUUUGCCAACAACCCCAGCCAGAAGUCCAGCCAGGCCCUGCUUUCCCAGCUGUACCAGUCCCCCAACCGGCGCUACCCUGGCCCACUCCACCACCAGGCUCAGAGGUUCAGGCUGGACAAUUUGCUUAAUAUGGCCUAUGGCGUAAAGAGACUGAUGUCUGGACCAGUCCACCCUUCUGCUUGUCCUCCCAGGUUUUCCCCAAUCACCAUUGACGGGAUGACGAGUCUUGUGGGAAUGAACAUCCCGGGUCACACAGGAACAGGCUGGUGUAUCUUCGUCUACAACCUGUCCCCUGAUUCUGACGAGAGCGUCCUCUGGCAGCUCUUUGGCCCCUUUGGCGCAGUGAACAACGUCAAGGUUAUCCGUGACUUCAAUACCAACAAGUGCAAGGGAUUUGGCUUUGUCACCAUGACCAACUAUGACGAGGCAGCCAUGGCCAUUGCUAGCCUCAACGGGUAUCGCCUGGGAGACAGAGUGUUGCAAGUUUCCUUUAAAACCAACAAAGCCCACAAGUCCUGAAUUUCCCAUCCUUACUUAUUAAAAUAUAUAUAUAAAUAUUUACGAACAAAACACACGCGCACACACACAUACACAAAGAAAGAGAAACAAACUUUUCAAGGCUUAUAUUCAACCAUGGACUUUAUAAGCCAGUGUUGCCUAAGUAUUAAAAUAUUGGAUUAUCCUGAGGUGUACCAGGAAAGGAUUUUAUAAUGCUUAGAAAAAAACAAAAAAAAAAAAAACAAAAAAAUACCUUUGAUGCAUUGAAUGUUCUUUCAUAGCUGUCGUUGUUGAAUAUAAUAUACAUAGAUAGCAAUGUGCAGGGAUUUUUACCCAGCCAGCUAACUUUACUACCUUCCUUGAAGGUGGGUCUUUUUAAGAUGACCAUUCGCUCAUUUGAAGAA